CAUCAGGGUUGGGGGAAGUUGAGUUGAUUGAUUUAUUGCAUUUAUAUACAUACCGCCCAAUAGCUGAAGCUCUCUGGGCGGUUUACAAAAAUUAAAAACAUUAAAAACCUAUGCUGGACCUAUGCAACUGUUAAAGAUACAGGAGCCCAGUCCUCCUUUCCAUAGGGUCACCCUAACGUUCUUGCAGUCGCUUUCGGGUCACCACAGAUUUCCUUCCCUAUGGAACUCGUGCUGCCUCAGAAGCUUGACCCUUUGAUGGUUCCUCAAAAAGGAUGGUAGUCAUCGGGCCACCUUUCCACCCCCACAGACAGUGGAGUGGCAUCAGGGAGGUGUUUUAGAUCCUCUCCUCACUGCGCUGGAAUGGAAGCAGCCACCAUGCAGCCCACUCAGGUGACCUUCGAGGAGGUGGCUGUGCGCUUCACCGAGGAGGAGUGGGCCUUGCUAGAUCCGGGCCAAAGAGUUCUCUAUAAAGCGGUGAUGCUUGAGAAUUAUGGGACGGUGACCUCUUUGGAAAUGAUCCUGCGUUCGAAACCAGACCUCAUCUCCUGGCUGGAAGAACAUGUAGAAGAAGACCUCUUUGUCUGGAGUUCGGCAGAAGAGGGGAGAUUUUCAGAUGAUGAGAUCAGUUGGGAAGAUUAUUUUCGAGUGGGAAGUCCCAUGUCAGAAGAAGAAGUUGAGACCUUUCCGGAAAGAUGCCGGGAGUCUAUUUCCUUCCUGGAUGACGGUGGCGAGAUGCGCCAUCCUGAAAUCUCUAAAGACCAUUCCCGCAACGCUGAAUACCCCUCCUGGCUCAAGGUGGACCUUCAUUCGCUUCUCCCUCACCUGGAACUCUACACCCAGGCCCUGAGUGCCGUUCUCUAUUCUACACUGAGCCUAUCUAAUGCCUAUCUGUUGAGUAUCAGCCGGCAGCAGCGGAGGAGGAAAUUGAUAGGCCAGCUUUUUCGGAAACACUUCUUCCGAGUCUCCAGGACUCGCCGUAUCCUCUGCAAGCGGAGGAUGAAACGCGCGGCCGCGUUCCUGGCACUGCUCGACGGCGGGCCGAUCCCCCGGCGCUGGUGGGUGUCCCCCACGACCGGCCGCAACUGGUGGGAGAACUUUGUUCAGGCGGACUCGGGCGACGACAAGUGGAUCGAGCAUUUCCGCAUGAGCCGGGGCACCCUCUUCGAAAUCGCGGACGCGCUCCGGCCCCAGCUGGAGCGGCAGAGGACCACCAUGCGGGAAGCCAUCACGGUGGAGAAGCGCGUGGCCAUUGCCGUGUGGUGGCUUUCGAAUUUGGAGUGCUACCGCGAGGUGGCCACGCAGUUUGGAGUCGGGAGGUCCACCGUGGGAGAGAUUGUUCUGGAGGUGUGCUUUGCCAUCCGGCACAAACUUGCUCACCGGAACAUCUACCUGGGUGACUACCAGAAGAUAAUGGAUGGCUUCAAGAAGUUGGGCUUCCCCCACUGCAUCGGCGUCAUGGAUGGGACACUUCUGCCCAUAGUUACCCCUACAGGUCAGGCUGAUGAGUCCGCCAAUCGUAAAAAAUUCCACUCUGUCCUCCUCCAGGGAACGACCGACCAUACUGGCCGAUUUAUUGACAUUGAAGUAGGGUGGAGUGGGAAACCCCAUGACGUGUCCAUCUUCCGGAACUCUGCACUGUGCCAGGCCAUGGACAAUGGUACUUUUGUUCCGGGGAACCCUCUUAUCACCCUUGGGGAUGUGCAGAUACCGCCGCUAAUACUGGCCGACGGUGCCUACCCUAUGCGGAAGUGGCUCAUGAAACCGUACGACGAUUUCCCUGACGAAAGAGAGAGCCAAUUCAACAGCACCUUCACCCGUUGCCACGAGGUUGUUGGGCGGGCUUUUGGCAGACUGAAAGCCAGGUGGCAGUGCCUCACCAAUCGGUUACCAGUGGCAGAGGAGAAUGUUGUGGCGGUGGUCACGGCAUGCGCUGUGCUGCACAAUGUUUGUGAGACCAAAGAACACGCGCUACACCAAGGCCUGGACAUUCCCGACCAUAUACUGUUACCCGAGUGUAAUGAGGAGGAAUCCUGUCCGUAUAACAACAGGGAUGUGGAAGAGGGAGAGAUGGUGCGUGAUGCGAUCACCGCUUUCCUUGUCGAUAAUAUCCAACCUUGAUUGAGAGUUACCAUCAUUCAUGUUUUUGUAUACUGGUAUGUGUGUUUUCCUUCCAAAUAAAGUUGAGUUGAUUA